AUGGCAUCCAGAUCGUUUAAGGCGAGCAGAUCGAAUCUAUCAUCAAACUCUGAUAUGCCUGAUGCACAUGACAAGCCUCCAGUGCCUCCGACUGUGACAUUUGGCCGGAGAACUUCCUCUGGUCGCUACAUCAGCUACUCAAGGGAUGAUCUUGAUAGUGAACUCGGGAGUGGUGACUUUAUGAACUAUACAGUUCACAUACCACCAACCCCAGAUAACCAACCCAUGGAUCCAUCCAUCUCACAGAAGGUUGAAGAGCAAUAUGUGUCGAAUUCACUUUUUACAGGCGGGUUUAAUAGUGUUACGCGAGCUCAUCUUAUGGAUAAGGUGAUCGAAUCUGAAGCAAACCAUCCUCAGAUGGCUGGUGCUAAAGGGUCAUCAUGUGCAAUUCCUGGAUGUGAUGCAAAAGUGAUGAGUGAUGAACGUGGAGUGGAUAUUCUUCCUUGUGAGUGUGAUUUCAAAAUAUGUCGGGAUUGCUAUACGGAUGCUGUGAAAACAGGGGGUAGUAUUUGCCCUGGAUGCAAGGAAACAUACAAAAACACAGAUUUGGAUGAAAUGGCUGUGGAUAAUGCACGGCCACCGCUCCCACUUCCUCUUCCAAACGGGAUGUCUAAAAAUGAGAGGAGGUUGUCAUUGAUGAAGUCAACAAAGUCAGUGCUGAUGAGGAGUCAAACUGGGGAUUUUGAUCACAACCGGUGGCUCUUUGAAACAAAGGGAACUUAUGGGUAUGGAAAUGCCAUAUGGCCUAAGGAGGGGGGUUUUGGAAAUGGGAAAGAUGACGAAGUCGCUGAACCAACAGAGUUGAUGAACAAACCAUGGAGGCCACUCACACGGAAAUUAAAGAUACCUGCAGCUAUUCUAAGCCCAUAUAGGCUUCUAAUAUUUAUUCGUAUGGUUGUCCUUGCGCUGUUCUUGGCAUGGAGGGUCAACCACCCAAAUAAUGAUGCAAUCUGGCUUUGGGGAAUGUCAGUAGUUUGUGAGAUCUGGUUUGCUUUUUCUUGGCUGCUUGACCAACUGCCCAAGUUAUGCCCAGUCAAUCGUUCUACGGAUCUUAAUGUCUUGAAGGAGAAGUUUGAAACACCUAGCCCCAACAACCCCACCGGGAAAUCUGAUCUUCCAGGCAUAGAUAUCUUUGUCUCCACUGCAGAUCCGGAUAAAGAACCACCUCUUGUCACUGCAAACACUAUCUUAUCUAUUCUGGCUACUGAUUAUCCUGUUGAAAAGCUAGCUUGCUAUGUUUCUGACGAUGGAGGUGCACUUUUAACUUUUGAGGCCAUGGCAGAAGCUGCUAGUUUUGCUAAUAUAUGGGUACCCUUCUGCCGUAAACAUAGGAUUGAACCCAGGAAUCCUGAAUCUUAUUUCAAUUUGAAGAGGGAUCCAUACAAGAACAAAGUGCUGCCUGACUUUGUCAAGGAUCGUCGAAGGGUAAAACGUGAAUAUGAUGAGUUCAAGGUUCGGAUUAAUGGACUGCCUGACUCUAUACGCCGACGGUCAGAUGCUUAUCAUGCUCGGGAAGAAAUCAAAGCCAUGAAGCUUCAAAGAGAGAACAGAGAGGAUGAACCUGUGGAGAGUGUGAAGGUUCCCAAAGCAACGUGGAUGGCUGAUGGAACCCACUGGCCAGGGACUUGGUUGAGUGCUUCACCUGAGCAUUCUAAGAGUGACCAUGCUGGUAUUAUACAGGUGAUGUUAAAACCUCCCAGUGAUGAACCGCUGCAUGGAGCUGAUGAUGAUGCUAGGCUCAUCGACCUCACUGACGUUGAUAUCCGCCUUCCCAUGCUUGUUUAUGUGUCGCGUGAGAAACGCCCAGGCUAUGAUCACAACAAGAAGGCCGGAGCCAUGAAUGCCCUCGUUCGAGCCUCUGCCAUAAUGUCCAAUGGCCCGUUCAUUCUCAACCUUGACUGUGACCAUUAUAUUUACAACUCUCAGGCAAUGAGGGAAGGCAUGUGCUUCAUGAUGGAUCGUGGAGGUGACCGCCUUUGUUAUGUCCAGUUUCCUCAGAGAUUUGAGGGUAUUGACCCUUCAGAUCGAUAUGCCAAUCACAACACUGUUUUCUUUGAUGUCAAUAUGCGAGCUCUAGAUGGGCUUCAGGGCCCAGUUUAUGUUGGAACUGGAUGUCUCUUUCGUAGAAUUUCCCUUUAUGGUUUCGACCCACCUCGGUCAAAAGAACAUCACCCAGGUUGUUGCAGUUGCUGCUUUUCUCGUCGCAGAAAGCAUUCCUCGGUAGCUAACACCCCUGAAGAAAACCGAGCCUUAAGAAUGGGUGAUUCUGAUGAUGAAGAGAUGAAUCUCUCCCUGCUGCCUAAGAGGUUUGGGAACUCAAGUUUCCUCAUUGAUUCGAUUCCAGUGGCAGAGUUCCAAGGUCGUCCCCUUGCAGAUCACCCAGCUGUGAAGAAUGGACGCCCACCUGGUGCUCUGACCAUUCCUCGUGAGCUUCUCGAUGCAUCUACUGUUGCAGAGGCGAUCAGUGUCAUUUCCUGCUGGUAUGAAGACAAGACUGAGUGGGGACAGCGUGUAGGGUGGAUUUACGGAUCAGUUACUGAAGAUGUGGUCACUGGGUAUAGGAUGCAUAACAGAGGAUGGAAAUCAGUUUACUGUGUGACCAAGCGAGAUGCAUUCCGUGGAACUGCUCCUAUUAAUCUUACUGAUAGGUUGCAUCAGGUUCUGCGCUGGGCUACUGGCUCAGUUGAGAUAUUCUUCUCUCGCAACAAUGCCCUCCUAGCCAGCCCAAGAAUGAAGCUUCUGCAAAGGAUAGCAUACCUCAAUGUGGGUAUUUACCCCUUUACCUCCAUCUUCCUCAUCGUCUACUGCUUCCUCCCGGCCCUUUCCCUCUUCUCUGGUCAAUUCAUUGUCCAGAGCCUCAAUGUUACAUUCCUGACCUAUCUUUUGACCAUCACCCUCACUCUAUGCAUGCUUGCUGUGCUUGAGAUUAAAUGGUCUGGCAUUGAGCUAGAAGAGUGGUGGAGAAACGAGCAGUUUUGGUUGAUCGGAGGGACUAGUGCCCACCUUGCUGCUGUGCUUCAGGGGCUAUUGAAAGUUAUUGCAGGGAUUGAAAUCUCUUUCACCUUAACUUCAAAAUCAGGUGGUGAUGAUGAGGAUGAUGAGUUUGCUGACCUCUAUAUUGUGAAAUGGUCAUCUCUGAUGAUCCCGCCAAUAACAAUCAUGAUGGUCAACCUAAUUGCAAUAGCAGUUGGGUUUAGCCGAACAAUAUACAGUGUGAUACCACAGUGGAGCCGGUUACUUGGCGGGGUUUUCUUCAGUUUCUGGGUUUUAGCUCAUCUCUAUCCUUUUGCCAAAGGGUUGAUGGGGAGACGAGGGAGGACACCCACCAUUGUUUUUGUAUGGUCGGGGCUCAUUGCGAUUACCAUCUCUCUUCUUUGGGUGGCAAUCAAUCCACCUUCUGGUACCAACCAAAUUGGUGGAUCAUUCCAGUUCCCCUAA